AUGCUCAAGUGUGAACCCUGGAAACUGAUAUCGUGGUGCUUAUAUACCAAUCGAGAUAUUCGGCCUUUGGUCUGGUAUCAAACGGCGUUUGAUCCGCCAUGUGUAAAUACCCGGGCUCUACCCAUCCCACACUACAGAGAAUUAACAAUUACAAUGUCUCACCUCAACACCCUGAAAGGAUACCUCCCAUGGAUCCAGACACCCCUGAUAAUCAACGCCCCCAUGAGCGGAAUCGCCAAAAGCAAACUCGCCACCGCCGUAACCACUGCCGGUGGCCUCGGCCAAAUAGGCUUCAUGGACGACCUCCAGGACCUCACAAACGAACUUGAGAUCACGAAAAAAGCCCUAGCGGACAUCAAUACAGAAACUCUGCCCAUUGGUCUCGGCGUGAUAGUAUUUGGAACACCAAUUAAAGCCUGGCUAGAUCUAUUCGCCAAAUACAAACCAUUGGUUGCAUGGCUAUCAUUCGCCAGUGCAAAUGAGCUAAAAGAAUGGGCAGAGGGUAUUCGACUCGUCUCACCACAGACACGUAUCUGGAUCCAGCUGGGCAGUGUGUCCGCCGCCGUUGAAGUCGCGCGAGCAUGUCAGCCCGAUGCGCUGGUUCUACAGGGCAUUGAUGCUGGAGGCCAUGGGCAUGAAGAUGGUGCUAGCAUUGUAUCUCUAAUUCCUGAAGCCGCAGAUACGCUUUCUGGACUUGGUUUUGACAUUCCUUUGAUUGCGGCGGGUGGAAUUGUUGACGGGAGAGGAUGUGCGGCGGCAUUGAGUCUUGGUGCUUCAGGCGUGGUUAUGGGGACACGAAUGCUCGCCGCUGAAGAGACUGCUAUCCCGGCGAUUUAUCGAGAUGCGAUAUUUGAGGCGGCUGAUGGGGGACAGGUGACGGCAAGAUCGAGGGUGUUCGAUGAAGUUUGGGGCCCGAACUUUUGGCCAAAAACUUAUGAUGGAAGAUGUUUGAAGAAUCAGGUUUAUCAAAAGUACAAAUCUGGGGUUGAUAUACAGAGCAUUCGAUCUUGGCUGUCCAAGGCGAUGAAUGGCCCUGUUGCUGAGAGCUUGAGUAUUCAGGAUAUGGGUAGCAUUUGGGCUGGGACGGGUGUUGGGAUGGUCAAAGAGCAGAGAAAAGCGGCAGACAUCGUUGAAGAGGUGAGAGAAAGUACUAGAAAGCACUUAGAGCGAGCCACCACGUCUCUGUGA